AUGAUAGAAUCUGUAACAUUAGAAUUAAGACCUAGACUCCAGAUAUGCAAUGCUUUCAUUCAUCUUCGAACAAUAGUUAACUCAGAAAAUGUUAGAGUGAAGCUUCUGGAAGAGAGUAUUGAAAUAAGUAUAGGAAAUGAAAUGUUGAAGUUAUUAGUGAAAUCUAUAAAAUUUAUACCAAAUUCAUUGUCAGCAUUAAGUGUAACGAACAAUUGGAUUUGUUUCCGCAUACAAAUAAGAUCCAAUUCAGUGUUUGGAUCCUUCCAAACAGAAUUAGUUAAUAACUCAGUACCAAAGAUCAAUUUUCCAAAUGAUUCUGUAAAUAAAUGUACUUUGGAAAACAGUGAGCUACUUAAUGCAUCCGACUGCCACAUAUUGUGCACAUGCUGUAAAACUGUCCUUUCGAAAAAAAUACUUGUUAAAAGAGUGUUGCCUGUACCAGAUAUGAAUUACGAUCCAGGCGAAUGGUUUUGCUGUACACACAAUCACGAUGAUAUUUCACAAAAUUUGGUGCCAUCAGAGUCUGAUAUCUUUUAUACUGCUCUUUUCUUUGUUGUUCAAUCAAGUCUGUUCAAUAAUAAUUUGAAAGUAGAUGGAAAUAGUAUAAUUUGCAACAGAUGCUUACAAUAUUUGGGAAAAACUGAUAAAAAUAAUUUGUUUAAACUAUGGAGUUAUUGUAUCGAUUACAGUUCAUCGAACGAUGUAAAGUUGAGAAGUGCGUCUGACCCCUUCAAUGACUUCUUAUUAGCUAUAAAAACUUCCAUGACCGGUAUGUUUGGCGAAGAGAUAAUUUUACAAUCUUUUGUGGGGAAAGAAACUCAUUGCCUUAUUCUAAAACCAAUGGACUGGAAUUUGAAUUUAAUGAUAGAACCGAAACAAAUCACUAAUAAUAAUAGUAUAACUCUGCAGAAAGUAUCUAUUGUUAAAGCAUUAUAUAAAUAUGAGACAAAGAAGAGUAUCAUAGAUUCCACAAAUAGAUCGUAUUGCGAAGUAGGUCCCUCAGUGAUAAAGGCAGGUUUGGAGCAUUUAUUAUUAUCAACAAAACGAUUUCCGCAACUUCACAGAGUUGCAUCCGAUUAUUAUAUUGGGCACAUAUAUUUGGAGAAACCUACAAGUGAAAGUUAA